GUCUCGUGGUGCCCACUUGCCACACUUUCCCAAUAGGACUACCUGUUUUUUCCCCGUGUCUACUCCUGAGAGGAUUUACUUUCUUCUGACAGCAUGACGGAGACCAAGAGGAAAGAUAAGAAAGGGAGAAAAAAGGGGGUUAAGAAAGGACAAAAGGAGAAAGAGGGUGAUCCCACUCAAGCUUCGGCUCCAAAGUUAAAACCGAUGAGGAAUCCAAUAAUAGUGGACGAGGGAAGCAAGCUCACAGUGAAGUGUGAGGCCACAGGGAACCCUCUCCCUACCUACAGAUGGUUCAAAGAUGGCAACGAGCUGAAGAAAAACAAAAAAGUCAGAAUAAAGAACAGCCAGAAAAACUCCAGAGUCCAGAUCAGCAGAGCAAAACUGGAGGAUUCUGGGAAUUACACAUGUGUGGUGGAGAACCCACUGGGAAAGGACAACUCCACUGGCACUGUUAACGUCCAAAGCAUAACCACAACGCUAUCUCCAGGCUCAGGCCAUGCCAGAAGAUGCAACGACACAGAGAAGGCCUACUGUGUGAAUGGCGGCGACUGUUACUUCAUACAUGGUAUAAAUCAGCUCUCCUGCAAGUGUCCAAAUGACUUUACUGGUGAUCGCUGUCAAACCUACGUUAUGGCCAGUUUCUACCAGCAUCUUGGGAUUGAAUUUAUGGAGGCAGAGGAACUCUACCAGAAAAGAGUCCUGACAAUCACGGGUAUUUGUGUGGCUCUGUUGGUGGUGGGCAUCGUGUGUGUGGUUGCCUACUGUAAAACCAAGAAACAAAGAAAGAAGAUGCACAAUCAUCUGAGACAAAACAUGUGUCCAGAACAUCCUAAUCGUAACCUAGCUAACGGACCCAAUCACCCAGGCCCAGGCCCGGAGGAAAUCCCUAUGGUAGAUUACAUAUCAAAGAAUGUCCCUGCAACUGAACGAGUCAUACGGCCUGCAACAGAGGGAUCGUUCCCUGCCAGCCAUGCCUCUUCCAGAUCUCACAACUCUUCCACACGAGCCCAUUCAUCAACUCACAGACAUGAGGAACGGACAUGGAGCCUGGAACAUUCUGACAGCAUCCUCUCUGACUCGCCGGGAAUUAUGUCAUCAUCCGUGGGGACCAGUAAAUGCAGCAGUCCUGCGUGCAUGGAGGCACGGGCCCGGCGCGCUGCACACUGUGGUUACUCUGACCCCCAUCGGCCAGGCCUACAGUACGGAGACUCCUUCGACUCUCUGGGAGACUCUCCGCACAGUGACAGAUAUGUGUCAGCCCUGACGACACCAGCCCGCCUCUCGCCAGUGGAUUUCCAUUACUCAUUGCCCUCGCAGGUGCCUACCUUCCAGAUCACAUCCCCCAAUGCCAGCCAUGCCAUGUCUCUCCCUCCUGCUGUCCACAACCCCUAUCCUCUAGCGGAUGACCAGCCUCUAUUGCGCCGCUACCAGGUGCCCCUACAUGACGCCCAGUGCCAGGAGCCCUACCGGCAGCAGCGUCGUACCUAUCUAAAUGAUAGCAGGGGCAGCUUGCCCUCUAGCCCCUACCGGCUGGCUGAGGAGGAAGACUAUGAGACCACACAGGAGUAUCUCUCCUCUCGGGAGCAACCAAAGAGAAGUGGGUCCAGUGGAACUGGUAGCCGUCGCUGGCGGAGAUCCAGACUGAAUGGCCAUGUGGCCCCACGUGGAUAUGAGGCAUCUCGGGACUAUGGGUCUCGAAGCUGCCUAACAGAUAGUGAGUCAGAGGAGGACGGCGAGAGCACGCCCUUCCUCAGUAUGCAGAACAUGAAUGCCGAGCCCUCCACCAUCUACAGGCCGGUGGACAGUCGGACUUCUCACUCAUCGGGGCGGCACAGUGGGCAUGGGAACAUGCAUACAAGACUUACACACUCACGCUCCAAACCGGACAAUACACCCCAUUAAAGAGUGAAAAUGAACCAACAAAAAUCAAUAUAGUAUAGACCUGCAUCUAUAAGAAAUAUUUUUAUUUUAUAUAACUGACAGAUAUUCUAAACAAAUGAAAUAUUUAUUUUCAUUUUAGCAAAAGUUGUCUACUAGUUAACAGUAAAGACUUUUUAUAGGGAAAACUCUAUUUAUAUGUACAUUUUGAUUUACAGCAUAAAAAGAUGUGCCAGUUUUUUCACAACGUAAAAAAUAGAGUAAUAUUGUGGUGCCUUUUGCUGUAUGCCGAUGCCAGAGGGCCAGUGGAGGUUUUUGUAGCCUUUCUUAUAUGGACGCCUCAUUUUUUAUACACGUUAUGUUUUUUUUCCCCUCACUGGUUUCCUGUUUUACUUUCUUUCCAAGUUGCAUUCUUUGAGGAGUCUAGCCCCACUGGAACAUAACCCCUUCAAUGUCACGCAAUAUAAACCACUUCAACAUAAAGUGUAUGUUUACAUUAAUAUGAUUCGCCUGUAGGGUUUUUGAUUUGGGAUCUAAUAGAACGCCUGAUAAGUACAGUGUAGAUCCUUUUUGCCCUCUGACUAAUGUCUACCAAGAGACAGAGAGUGAGAUGUUGUGUUGUUGUGUGUGUGCGUAAAAGGCGUGUGUGUGUGUGAGAGAGUGAGAGAGAGAGAGAGAACGCAUGUCAGUUUGCUUGCAUGUAUUUGUGAUUGUUAGAUUAAUUUCAUUGUUUGUUGUGGUAACAUCAAAUGUGUGGGUCUACUGGUGUCUUAGCAGAGCUGACAGAAGAGUGUGUCAGAGGUCCACAGAAUAGUGCUUUAUCAGAACAGUGACCCCCAGUCUAGAUGGACAGGUAAGGCUGCUGUAGGGUCGUGUGUUAUGCAGGUCAUUGCUUGAUGUGUUUACAGCUAUUCUGCCCCUUUCCCAGCCUGCCCCAGUUAAGUCCUUUUUAUUCCCCAGCAGGUUUUCCUUAUGUCGGUCUGUUAAGAGGCCAACAAACACUGAGCCGCUUGGCACAGGGUGACCUCCUGGCCCCUGCCAUCAGAGGUGAUGGCAAAACAAAAAGAUUGCAUCUGUUUUCACUCAACUCAGCCCCUAAUCCUAUGCCUCAUCAUCCUUCUGUGUCCAUUCUGUUUUUGUGGCUCAUGUUAAAGGCCACACAGUGUCUCAGGAUUUCCACAUGCCCCCACCCCCUCUCCCCUCCCUCCACCUUAAACCCUGUUCACCUUCCUCAACUUAAUGUCUACCUAAGACUAAGGUUCUCAGAUAAUGAAGGCCUAAAUGUUAACAGUCUACCAGUUCCCUGAACACUCCCAUACAGAAAGAAGGAAAGCCAAGUGGAAGCAGCUUAGUGGAGAACAGUACAGAACAUAAUAGACAAUAUAAAUGGCUGUGAAACUUUGGAGGAUCAUUCAAUGCAAAAAUAUGCAAACUUUCUAUUUUGCUGUUUGAUUACAUCAUUUUCUAAGAGGUGACUGUAGUGUGUUGUGUGUAAAAAAAACUAUGUGAUGCCUGUAGUGUAGAAUGAAAUAACAUGAUAUAAAUGCAUAUUUACAUGAGUUAGUUUUUAAAGCCAUUAUGCAGCCAUCUAUCAAGUCGUCAGCCUUUCUUGUUCACAUACUCCAUUGAAUGACUGUGUCCAUGGAUUAUGUUAUCACUUGGUUUAGACCGCCCCUACUUAUGUGCACACUUCCAAGUAAUGUCAGAGAGCAUCCAAAUAGGUUGUCCUCCAGUAGUACUGUGUACUGCUUUGUCUUGUUGACGGAUGUAGUUAUUUCCAAAUUUAGUGCGCAAUGUUAAUGAUGUUAAAAGCAAACAAAAUCUUUUGAAUCCCCCCUGUACUCCACUGAAGGAAAAGUAUAUAUUAAAAAGGUAAUUCAA